GGAGGACGGCGGCGAGGCGGGAAUGGAGCAGGAGGACGGCGGCGAGGCGGGAAUGGAGAGGAAGGCCAAGAGAAUAAAAAUGGAAGAACAGAACCUCCACAGCUCCACCUGGACCGAGCCGGACUCCUCUGGGCCACAGGCCGUCACUGCAGAUAUGGUCUGCUGGUCUCCACCGUCUACAUCUCCCAAGCAUUUCCCUGCCGAUUCCCCCCAAACACAGAUACACAAGCUGCAACAGCAGCAGAUGGUGUCCGAUGGGAAGCUGGGAAGACUGCAGCAUUCAUUGCAGAUCCAGAAGGCCAAACUAGAAUAUCAGGAGUCUAUGUUGGCGACCCAGAAGGCUCUCAUUGACAGCCAGGCAUCUGAGCUGGAGAGUCUAAAGACUAUGCUGGAGGAAAUGAGGAGGAGGCUGUUGGAUCUGGAGCAGUCGCAUGCUUCACAGAGAUGUAACCCCCAAAGGGUAAAAGUUCAAGAUGUAGCUGCUGUGCCACAGCCUCCAAUGGCAAACCUCCAGAGUGUUCCAGGAUCUACCUAUAUUAUGAUGCUAACAUCAUCUCCCUUCCAAGCUUUUCCUUCCUGUCUAGCAACUCCGGGUCAGGCCUCUCCCUCCCAUACAUCUAUGCCUAUUGAAGCCUCUCCCUCCCAUACAUCUAUGCCUAUUGAAGCCUCUCCCUCCCAUACAUCUAUGCCUACUGAAGCCUCUCCCUCCCAUAAACCCGCUAAAGUCUCUUCUGCCCAUAAACCUGCGCCUGCUCAAGUCUUUUUCUCCAAUACAUCUACGUCCUCUCGAGCCUUUCCCUCCCAUACACCUAUGCCCACUCAAGUAUCUCCCUCCCAUACACCUAAGACCUUUCAAGUCUCUCCCUCCCGUAUAUCUACACCCCCUCAAGUCUCUCCCUCCCAUACAUCUACGCCCCCUCAAGACUCUGCCUCCCAUACAUCUACACCCACAUUAGUCUCUGCCUCCCAUACAUCUAUGCCCCCUCAAGUCUCUGCCUCCCAUACACCUAAGACCUUUCAAGUCUCUCCCUCCCAUACAUCUACGCCCCCUCAAGACUCUGCCUCCCAUACAUCUACACCCACAUUAGUCGCUGCCUCCCAUACAUCUAUGCCCCCUCAAGUCUCUGCCUCCCAUACAUCUACGCCCUCUCAGGUUUCUCCCUCCCAUUUAUCUACGCCUGCUCAAGAUUCCAACCCUCCAGACCAGUCAGUAGACCGACCAGCACCAGUGUCUAUAUUACCAGACAUCACUUUGAGGACACUAUCAUCGGAUAGAGAGGAGACUUUAUACAAAAACUCAUUUUCCUGUGGACAACAUCAACCAGAUGUGUACGCAGCUAGCGUCUUCAUGAGUCUUGUGCCGUUCAAAGCAUACAACAGCAUGGUGAAGAGAUGCAACUGGGCAGGCACGAAUGGGAAAAUGGGUCUUCCUAAGAAUGUCACGGAGCGGGUCCAUUCUUUGGUUUCCCAGCGAUUUCCCAACUUGACUGUAGACCAGUGGCGCAAGAUUCGCUCUAGAGUGAACGAGCGCCUGAGGUGUCCGCGUAAAUUUGACCGUGUAACACCCCGCUAUGGCUUUAACUACGACUAAAAUUAUGAUUUGAAUUCAAUUGUGUGUCCUGUUUUAAUCCAUUCAUAAUGAAAUCUAAUAAAAUUCUGAAAUAACGUUUGUCUGUCAAUCAAAGUUUAGCCAACUCUCACUGCUGUAACUCGUGUGCUUUGGGGAGCGGGAUACAAAAAGCUAACUGUUCAUAAUGUAACAUUGCAGAUGUGAUUUAACAUAGAACAAGUUUCUAUUGGACUUAUUAAGGGCUGUUGGGGUUUGUGAAGUAGAAAAAAGCAGUUAGGACGAUGACCAUAAGGUGACAAAAAAGGCAACAAUGGGCUCCAUCAGUUUUCCAGAGUUCUCUUGUUUUCUUUUAAUUUCUUUUCACAAAAAUGUGUACCAUCAGCUCACCACUGCAGAUCCUAAACAUGGUCCCCUGCUCCUCAGGAUAGGCAGAAACAUGUACCCCAUUUACACUACCCUUAAAAAACCGCGCAGAGACCGGUCCGAGCUCAGCAACUGAGAUAAGUUGUGUGUAAAUGGAAAGCAAACUGAACUGA